AUGGCGCCGUCCGCGUUGCUGCGGCCCUUCUCCCGGCUGCUGGCCCCGGCCAGGCUCCCGAGCGGCUCGUCCGCGCGGUCCAAGUUCUACGUCCGGGAGCCGCUGCACGCCAAGCCCGACUGGCUGAAGGUGGGGCUGACCUUGGGCACCACCGUGUUCCUGUGGGCCUAUGUAUGCUCCGUAUAG